AUCUCGUGGAUGUCAUCCAAGAAGGAAUCCACUGGGACUUCGUCGUCGUCGCCCGUCAAGCCGGUGCUCAUGGCCCUCGAUCAACACACGUCGUCCAUGGAGCUGCCGGCGUCCAACCUCCGCGUCGUGUACCUCAACCAGCCCCAGAAAAACGUUGGGUUCGCUGGGAACCAAGUGGUCACGGCCAAAUACAACGUAUGGACGUUUGUACCUGCAUUUUGCUACGAACGGUUCACGCAGGUGUCCAACUUUUACUUUUUGCUCGUGGGAAUUGGCCAAGUGAUUCCCGCGAUCACGUCGACGUUUGGGCUCCCGUAUUCGUGGCUCGUGUUGGGGUUGGUGCUGUUUGUGGAUGCCAUCUUCACGGGCGUCGAAGACUUCCAUCGCCACGCGGCAGACGCAGUCAUGAAUGCCCGGGAAACAAGAGUGUUUGAUCCAACUCUUCCCACUUCGUUCCGCCAAACUACGUGGAAAGACAUUGUCGUGGGCGAUGUGCUCCAAAUCAAAAAAUACGAAGCCGUGCCAGCCGACAUGUUGCUGCUCGCUGUCCACGAAACCGACCCCUCGGCACCCGUGGGCAUGUGCUUUAUCGAAACCAAGUCGCUGGACGGAGAAACCAACCUCAAGAUCCGCCAGGCGUUGCCGUGCACGUUUGCGCAGCUGCACGACCCAGCGUCGAUCGGGCACCUUCCCGGUCGCGUCGCCUGCGAGCACCCGAACCACGACGUCAACAACUUUAUGGGCCGGUUUGAACCAGGGGACGACGCGUCCGUGAUUCCCCUCGACCUGAAGAACGUCGUCCUAAGGGGCUGCGUCAUCCGCAACACGCCGUUUGUGUAUGGUCUCGUGCUCAACACUGGCUCGGACACCAAGAUCAUGCAAGCGUCACACAAGACCCCCACCAAACUGAGCAAGGCAAUUGAAAUCAUCAAUCGUGGCAACGCCCUGCUCAUGAUGAUCAUGCUGCUGUUGUGUGUGCUGGGGGCGGUGUGGGACCAGGCGUGGGUCACGUCAUCGUCGCCGUCGUACCUGGUGCUCGACGAGCCCAGCGUCCGCCUCGGGCUGAACGCGUUUAGGGGCGACGUGAUGGGCAUCUGCAUUGCGUUUGGGUAUUACUGGGUACUCAUUUCUUCGUUUGUCCCUAUCACGCUAUACGUGUCGAUUGCGAUCGUCAAGAGCUACCAGUCGUACUUUAUGAACCGCGACCUCGGCAUGUACUACGCGCCGUCCGACACCCCCGCGGCCGUGCGCAAUGCCGACUUGAACGACGAACUUGGCCAAAUCACGCACAUCUUUAGUGACAAAACCGGCACCCUCACCGCGAACGAAAUGAGUUUUCGAAAAAUGAGCAUCAACGGCCGCAGUUACGGCCGCGGGUCCACCGAUAUCGGGCGCGCGACCGCCAUGCGCACCGGCCGGAUGGAAUCGGUCACCGACUGCCAGGCAUCGACGGGGGAUGCCGCGCACCCCCCCCACGUCGAGUUUCUGGACCCCCACGGGUUGUUUGCCCGCGACCGGGCGACUCGAGACGGCCACGCCGAUGCCAUCGAAGCCUUCCUCACCCACUUGAGUGUGUGCCACUCGGUGGUUCUCGAACGAGACGAUGCCACCAACACGACCAACUUUUCCGCGAGCUCCCCGGAUGAGCUGGCACUCGUGGCGGGGGCGGCGUAUUUUGGACACCAAUUUACCGAACGGUCCAAUGGUCGCGCUGUGGUGCACGUGCUUGGUAAAGGCGACGUCGAGUUUCAAAUGCUCGAGCUGAUCGAGUUCACGUCGACGAGGAAACGCAUGUCCGUGGUCGUUCGAGCUCUGGACAACCGCAUCCUGUUGCUCACCAAAGGCGCCGAUUCGAUUGUGUUUCCAAGACUCAAAGAAGACUGCAACGCGUAUCUAAAGGAAAAGACGGUUGAACAUAUGGAAAUGUACGCCGAGGAAGGGCUGCGGACGCUGGUGCUGGCGCAGCGAGAGCUAAACCAAGACUGGUACCAUACUUGGUCUACCCAGUACAAGCAAGCGCUGUCCAAUUUAGACGAAACGUCGCCUUCGUAUAAGUUGGACUUGCUGGUUGUGGAACGACUCGAAGACGAGAUGGAGUGCGACCUGGAGCUGCUGGGUGCGACCGCCGUGGAGGAUCGCCUGCAAAAUGGCGUACCAGUGGCCAUAUCUAGUCUGAUGCGGGCCGGGAUUAAAGUUUGGGUGCUGACGGGAGACAAGGAAGAAACAGCCAUUAACAUUGCAUUUGCAUGCCAAUUGAUCACCAACGACAUGGACCGGUUGGUGCUCAAUAUGGAGUUUUGUCAAAGCAACCCGGAGGUUCUGAAGAAGCUCAUGCUGGACAAAGCCCAUCGCACGCGCACGUCCACUAUCAAACAGCGCAGUUCCAAGUCUCUGGAGCUGCCCAAGCAGGCGCUGGUCAUCGAUGGACCGGUGCUCACGAUGGUGUACCACUAUCCGCUGCUCAAGUUUUUGUUUUUGGAGCUCGCGCAGCAGUGCGCGGCGGUGAUUUGUUGUCGCGUGUCCCCUAAGCAAAAGGCCGAGGUGGUGGCGCUGGUAAAAAACAACGUCAAGAACUGCCGGACGCUGAGCAUCGGCGACGGCGCCAACGAUGUCAGCAUGAUCCAGGAAGCGCAUGUCGGCGUGGGCAUCUCGGGCCACGAAGGCAUGCAAGCCGUGAACGCAUCGGAUUUUGCGAUCGCUCAAUUCGCCUUUCUCCAGCGAUUGCUUCUGGUCCACGGGCACUGGAACUACCGCCGCAUGUCCAAGUUGGUGCUGUACGUUGUGUACAAGAACAUUUUGUGCUGGUUUGCACUGUACGUGCUCAGUCUGUACGCGUGUGGCAGCGGCACGGUAUACAUGAACUACAACUGGCUGAACGGAUACAAUGUGUUUUGGACAUUUUUGCCGAUUAUGAUUUUGGCUAUUAUGGAGCAAGAAACGAGCGCCCCCACAGCUCAAGAUCACCCCGGACUCUACCACAGUGGCCCCCAAGGCGAUUUGCUCAGUGUCCAGAUCUUUACCGAGUGGGUAUUUGAAGCGCUUUACGAAGGGGUUGUGUGCGCGUUGGUGCCGGUGCUGUUGAUGGGUUCAAUUUCAUCGUCUGGGUACGCCUACACCAUGUACGACUGUGGCGGAUUGUGCUACACUGCUCUGAUUGUCGUGGGCUGGGUGAAGCUAGUGCUCAACGCCAUGAGCUGGAACGCAGGCAUGCACUUUGCCAUGUGGGCGACUGUGCCGUUUUGGAUAGCCAGCGGCGUUGUGCUGAGCAAUUCGUUUACAAGUGACAGCUCGGACCACGUGUUCCCGUACCUGUUGAGUUUGCCCGAGUUCUGGAUGCUCCUGUUUCUGUGUGUGGUGCUGGCGCUCUUUCGCGACUUUGUGUACAAAGUGUGGAAGCGAGAGUGGGCCCCCGAGUACUACCACAUUCUCCAAGAGUCGGACCGGUAUAAACUCAAGGGCGACAUCGAGUGGGACCCGCCGCUCCACGCGUCCAAUUACAAACCGUUCCAUGUCGACUUUAGCCAUUACUUGACGUCGGAGCUGCAUGCGCUACCAGAUGCGCCUUGGCUCGAGUUGCAACAGCCCAAACAUCGCGGGUUUGCUUUUUCGAUCCAACCCAGCGAAAACCGCCACUUUAACCCGAUGCGGAGCGUGGUGCUGGCGCCGCUCAAACGCGCGGUCGUACGGGUAUUGAGCCCCCGGUCCGCGUCACAGGAAGAGACGGCCUUCUGGACCGCUCGAAAGAAGGACGGGUUUGUGUACGAGUACCAACGGUACCAAGUGUUUGUGGGGUGGAGCGCGCCGUUUGGGCUGACGGACCCGUGUCCGUUCGGUACGCGGGACAUGCGGGAAGGGGGGUUCCAGAACCACGGCCACCACCUGUCACUGGACGACUGGGCUGUGGACACGACGUUGGGCGAAGCAAGCACCAAGCACUGGGAAUAUGCGACAAAGUUUCGCGACUUCAAAAAGGUCGAUGUGUCCACGACACGAUGGAAGAAACCCUCCGGCAUGCAGCGCAAGAUCAACAAAGUGGUCGGCCGGUGUGUGCGGCGGCGGCGCUGGGUGUUCAAGGGAAUAAUACAUCGACUCGUCGACGAUGUCGUUGAAGGACAAUCGACCGACGCCCACCAGGAUGCGAUUGAGCAGGUCGCAAAGGAAUUGCAUCGCGAACAACUGGACGAGGAAGCGGCGAUGGGCGUCCCAGGCAUCCCACGGGUGGCACAUGAUGUAGUUGACGACGAAGAUGAUGAUGCUCCACACGAUGGCGAUGUGACUCUCAGCAGUACGCUGGAGUAAUUUGAUACCAGUUGCACCAUUUCGCGGUUAAUUUCGAAAAAUGUUUGGUAUAUUUCGUGGAAUCUCCA